AUGCGACGGGCGACGUCCUUCCUGCUGCUCUCAGCCCUGGUUUCGACCGCUCGCGCAGCCGAGCCCAUGCGCUGCAUCGUGCAGCCCGCUCACGGCUCGGUGCUGGAGACGAGCUUCCUCGUGGGCUGCACGGGAGGAGAAGAGGAUGCCCCAUUGCGCGUCUACCUGCGUGACGAUGGCACUGCUAGUCCCUACCAGGGUCGCCUUGUGCACGUACUUCCGGGGCCUGGUGCGUACCGCGUAAAACUGCCGAUGGGCGACGCCGAUCAGGCUUACGCCAUGAGGCUGCACGUGCAUGGCGCCGAUUCGCCGCCCGCGAACGUCACCGUGACACCGCCGCACCACUGCGAACCACUCGCACAACUGGUGGCGACCCCUAGAGGCGACAUGCCCGUUGGCAGUUCCGUGCACCCGACGCUCUCUGUGGUGGCGGUAGCGGCGAGCUACGCGGCCGCCUGCGGACACUCACCGGACUCGACGUCGGCACUGCUUCUGCCGCUGCUCCAGAAGGCGAGGGUGCGCACGCCGCUGCAGCUGGAGCACGGCGCCGAAGCACUGCGCGCUCUGGGAUUCGCAAUCGCAGGCAAGUUGAAAGCACCGUUUACACGAAACGUGGCAGUGGUGGACCGCAACAUCUUUUAG